AAUUAACUUCGGUAUAAUUGAUAACGCUCUGAUAUAAUACAGUUCCUUCUUGAUAGUUGAAGCAAAGCAAAUCGAAUAAUGGCGCACUCAUCCUCUAUUCGAUUUGGCUCUCUUCUUCUUUCCACAUCUACCCCUACUUCUUCUUCUUCUUCUUCCUCACACUCUUCUCGCUUCUCCUGGAAUUUGGGAGGAAGUAGAAAAGUUACUAAAAAAUCUGCUUUGAAGGUGAAUGCUGUGUAUGCUAAUGGUUUUUUGGCACCUGAGGCUGAAAGGAAUUCACCUCAUGGAAUUUGGUCCAUCAGGGAAGAUUUGCAAGUCCCAUCUUCCCCUUAUUUCCCUGUAUAUGCACAAGGACAAGGACCAUCACCGAUGGUGCAGGAGCGUUUCCAGAGUGUUAUUAGUCAGCUUUUUCAAUAUAGAAUAAUACGGUGUGGAGGACCAGUUGAUGAUGAUAUGGCUAACAUCAUAGUUUCUCAGCUUCUUUACCUUGAUGCUGUGGAUCCCAACAAGGAUAUUGUCAUGUACGUCAAUUCUCCAGGAGGGUCAGUUACAGCUGGCAUGGCAAUAUUUGAUACUAUGAGGCACAUUCGACCUGAUGUGUCCACUGUUUGUGUUGGAUUAGCAGCAAGUAUGGGUGCUUUUCUGCUAAGUGCAGGGACCAAAGGAAAGAGAUACAGCUUGCCAAAUUCAAGGAUAAUGAUUCACCAACCGCUUGGUGGAUUUCAGGGAGGGCAAUCUGACAUAGAUAUUCAGGCAAAUGAAAUGCUGCAUCAUAAGGCAAACUUGAAUGGGUAUCUCUCCUAUCAAACUGGCCAAAGUUUAGAAAAGAUCAACCAGGAUACUGACCGUGAUUUUUUCAUGAGUGCAAAAGAAGCCAAAGAGUAUGGACUCAUAGACGGUGUCAUCAUGAAUCCUCUCAAAGCUCUUCAGCCAUUAUCAGCUGCAGCAUAGGGUAACGAAAGGGUUAGCGUUUGAAUUUGAGAGAGGGAGGUUGUUGCUUCAUUGCUGAGUAAACCGAAGUGUUAAGUAAGAACAAUCAAUCUUCCCAUGUUGAUAUCCAUUUGAAAAUGUGCCCAAAAGUUGAGGUAAAAAUGAACUCAGGAUGUUUUUGCCCCUCCUUCAAAUCUUCAAGCUUUUAUGUUCUGUUGUGAUCAUGUAUCAUCAAGAUUCAAUAUAGUGUAAUUGGAUUAUAUUUUUGACCUAUUGACUUCAUUAUUUGAUUGAUACUGUUCUAAUUACAAUUCAAUUAUUACGGGAUGGUGAUGAAAUCUGGUUUUUGUCACCAAUUAUUA